GGUUAAUGACGCUUUUGUCUAUUAGUAUCAUACUAUGUAACUACGAACAGUUACGCUGCGGCAUGAGCUUCGCCGGUUGUGUAUGUCGUGUUUGGAAUUAAUAGUUUUAAUGUUGUUUUACUGCAAUGCAGUUUUUAUCUCAUUGUUCUCUUCCAAAUAGAAGAAAAAUUUAAAGUGAGUCGUGAUAGUCAUUAUUGUUUAGGGUUCGUGCCCAACGCAUAUGUGAAAAUUUACUUAACUUUUUAACAUGCGUGUUUUUAUAUGAAAUAAAAUAAAAAGUUAAAAAUCUGUGAUAUCCUAACAAUUUACUAAAGUAUCAACAUGACUGUGACAUACACCGGUGAAGUAGCUACUUGUCGUGGAUUUGGAACCUUUUUAAAAGUUUUAAAUCGAUGGAGAGGAAGUAUAUACAAAUUAGUAUGGCUGGAUUUGUUAGUCUUUUUACUUACAUACUAUUUAUUAAAUCUAACCUAUAGAUUGUUAUUGAACGAGGAGUCGAAAAGGACAUUUGAAGGUGUUGUGAACUAUUGCAGUUUUCAUGGCAACGUGAUACCAUUGUCGUUCGUUCUUGGUUUCUAUGUGACGGUUGUGAUGAAUCGAUGGUGGAAUCAGUACACCACUAUCCCAUGGCCUGAUUCUAUAGCUGUGUUCGUGUCCGCCACUAUACACGGACAGGAUGAGAGAGGUCGGCUCAUGCGUCGUACUAUUGUACGUUACGUUUGCGUUUGUCUCACAAUGGUGCUGACAAUGAUCUCACCACGAGUUAAGAAACGGUUUCCUACACUCAACAACCUAGUGGAGGCUGGGCUUUUGCUUGAGAAUGAAAAAACUAUCCUAGAUAACCUCAAUGAUAAAUUUCCUAAGCCAUCCAAGCACUGGUUGCCAAUCGUGUGGGCUACCAGUAUAGUGACGAGGGCCCGAAAAGAGGGUCGGAUAAGAGACGAUUUCGCUGUUAAAACUAUAAUCGACGAAUUAAACAAAUUCAGGGGUCAAGCCGGGCUCUUGCUCAGCUACGACACUAUCAGCGUUCCGUUAGUGUAUACUCAGGUAGUUACAAUAGCUGUUUACUCAUAUUUCAUAACAUCAGCGUUGGGCAGCCAAUGGGUUGAUAACAAACUCCAAUCCCACAGCUCCUCGGUCUAUAUCAGUAAUAUAGACCUCUAUUUUCCUAUAUUCACGACCUUGGAAUUCUUCUUCUACAUGGGUUGGCUGAAGGUGGCCGAGUCACUGAUAAACCCAUUCGGCGAAGACGAUGACGACUUCGAAGUCAAUUGGAUCAUUGACAGAGAUUUGCAAGUGUCAUAUAUGAUAGUCGACGAGAUGCACCACGAGCAUCCGGAACUGAUUCGGGAUCAGUAUUGGGACGAGGUGUUCCCGUCGGAGUUACCGUAUACGAUAGCUACUGAGAACCAGAGGGAGGAACAUCCGGAGCCGUCAACAGCCCGCGUCGCUGUGCCGCCGCGCCAGAGGAGCAUGGUCACAGUGGCGCCAUCAAACGUGAAGAUAGACGAAAUGGUCCCCUCUAACACCGUGAGUUACAAGUUCGCGCCUCCGGAGCAAUUACAGAUGAACGAUGACGCACAAUCCGGGAUACACUUCAUAGUGUCCCGAGGGAGUAGACGAGGGAAGAAGGAGGACAGGAAUUCCAUGGGGUCCAGCAAUUCCAUGGCUUCCUUACAAAACCCCAUAACCAGGGUCAAUUCCGUCACCUCAAUGCUCAAGAGACUGUUCACCAAAGACGACCAGAGGUUGAACACACAAAUCGCUAAUCAAACCGAUGGAGGUACUCGUUUCACGAUAUCAGCGAGUAACCCCACGCUGAACAAGCCGGCUACGGCUGGCGGCAGUAUGAAGAUAGCGAAUGAGGUUAUAGAGGAAGUGGACGAGCAGGCGACCAUCACCAGUAUGGGGAAACGACCGGAAACCAGGCCCACAGCGAUGAGCUUGUUCGCACAGGGGCCGCCUACACCCAGCGAGCCAGUGAACGUGCCGCAAAACGGGAAAACACAGUCUGCUACCCGUCUUUCAUCGUCCGCGCCGCUCCAAUGGGCUCAGUCGGGCGAUAUAAGCCCGGCCGUCCAGUCCAUGGGAGCCUCAUAUUCCCGCCCGCGACUGGACAGUGACGUCGGACCAUCCCUCAGCGCGGCUGGGAGCCAGACGCUGAUGGAUGAAGUGGAUGGAGGCGACGACGCUGAGCUGGACGAUUUCGAUCGUCUGAAGAGCUUGCGGGAACAACAUCGGAAGGAGAAAUAUCUACAAAAGCUUAUGGCUCGAUCCGUAAGCGCACAGCAGCCCACGGGUAGUAUAGAAUUAAUUGACAAUGAAUUAUUAUUAGAAGAGCUCAUUAGACAGUCGCAGAGGGAAGCGGCCUCCGGAACCGCCAAAGAGGACACCACUUGACAAAACUUUACACUGCUAUUGGAUUAAAAACUUUUAUAUUCAGUAUUAAAAAUGUGAUACUUGUACAUUACAAGCUUUCGUCUAACACCGCAGCCGACUGAGGCAGCCCUUGCAACAAUACUAUCAAGAAACAGAUCAAUUGUAAUAUAAAACCUCUUUUAUAGCUGAAGAUGAACCGUGCGGGUUACAUCGAGACAGAUUAAAUAAAAGCUUGUUUUAAAUAAAUGUUUAUUAUUGUAUUUAUUUUAUCGUAAGUUAAAAUUAUAUCAUAACUUAAAAUAAAUAAUUUGUACAGAA